AUGUCGCGCGCCAUGCAAGGCAUGAGUGUCACGGAAUUGGUGAGCUUUGCACGUCGCCACCAGGCUAUUGCGCAGGAAGCUUUAGCCGCGGCUGCAGAUCGCGAUCUUAGUUCACAGGGCAGUGGACAGGACCCGUACAAUGAUAUUGAUUUCGGUCAUUUGGAUGAUAGAAUUGCCAAAUUAAAUGAACAGUUAGUAACCGGUGAGACAUCCCCCGCGCUGUUUUCGUCCUCCCCUCCCAUGUUCGAGUCGACCUACCUGUUCCCAGUCAAGGCCCGUCCUGCCUUCCCAUCGGGUACUGGUCCAUCCUACCCUUUGAAGGACAAGGGUCCCGAUCCUCGUAACUGGGGAGGUCUGUCGGACCGAUUCUCUGAGCAUGAUCUUGACGCUCAGCGUGCUGCGUUCGCGAAUUUUGAUGAGAUCAGACGCAUGAAGCAGGAGGACAGUUACUUACCUCCGUCUGUCUCGGUUCGGCAUGAAAGCCGCAGAUCUCCAAUGACCAUCUUGUCGGAGCAGAAUAUGAUGAUACAUAAUGAGCACGUCUCUGGGCGCAAGAGCCAGAGCGUGGAGGAACGCCUUGUUGAGUUGCAGGGCCAGAUUGACAGCUUGCAUAGAGCAAUGACGGAAUCUCGGGCCUCGACGCCCGUUAAGAUGCUGAAUGCUGAGAACAAGCGAGGUGAAAGCUUGUCCCAGGCCCAGACUGCUGUGAAGAACAGCAUCAAACGUCAUAUCAGCAUUGAUGUGCCGCCGACGCAUGCCCAGACAGACGCACGUGAGAGGACUCCUGCAACUCGUACCGGGGCGGGAAGCUUCAUCGAGCGUGCGUUGCACAACGUCGAUAGCUUUGGCGGACCCCCUCCAUCCGAGCGGCCGUCCAGCAAUCCCUCGGAUGUCGGGACAGUGCCACGUCGUUCCAGGCAAGGAGAGACUGUGAACGUCUCAGUAAACGAACCGAAAAUGAUCUUGAAGCCAAUUCCGCCAAAGGAGUAUGACGGAUCUCCUAAUGCGGUAGCGUUCCACCGAUUUGUGAAAGAGGGAACAGCUUACCUAAAGCUCGGCCGCGUCCCCGCUGAUGAACGAACGUUCUACUUGUCGUAUUUCAUGUCUGGCCGUGCACGAGAGUUCCAUAACAGUCGCGUGGAAAAUGAUGAACAUACCUGGACGUUAUCAGACUUCUUCUGGGGUCUAUUCAACUUCUGUUUCCCUGUGAAUUUCCGUGAGAAACAGCGCUCGAAAUUGAAUGUGUGCAAGCAAGAUGACAAAUCUGUAUUAGUCCAUACGGCCGAGUGGGAGCAGAUAUUUAAUACUAUUGGUCUGGAGGCAAACCAAGAGAAAGUGGUGAUGUUUUGUCGUAGCUUGAAGACGUCAAUUCGGAAGGAAAUGUUCCGCGCAAAUUUGGAUCCGGAAAUGUCGACUUGGGAUGAGGUUACUCGCGGGGCUGAAGCUGCUGAGGUAAUCGUGAAUAUUGACCUUGAGGAUGCCGACAGUGAUGUAGCUGAGGCGCCAAGACAUCAGCCCAAGUGGAAAAAAGAUAUCUUGGCUACAGAGAACGAGAAGCGCCGCAACGGAGGGCGAGCUUUCUCGGUGUCAAGUGCUGCUGUCAAAACUCCGAAGAAGGACCAGAACGAGAAGGCGUGGGACUACGUGACGCGUGACGGCAAAAAGUUGCCUGCCAAGACUCGAGCUACGUACCUGAGCAAGGGACGUUGCUCCGAGUGUGGAGAACGCGGGCACUUGUCUCGAAACUGCCCUGAUAUGAGUGCAAUGAAAUCGGAGAAGCCCGGGAAACCACCGGGUAUUGCUUCACACGCGAUCGAAAUUUCGCUUGCUGAGACCACUGAGACCGUGAAAGAAUCCUUUGAUGAUGAAUGA